AUGAUAGACUGUCCAAGUUUUUUUGGUGUUGAUAUUGUCGAAGUAUCAGUGAAGGAGGGAGAUCCAGUCACUCUACACACUGAUGUUGAAACAAACCAACAAGAAGAUAUUAAAUGGUAUUUUAAUGACAUUCGAAUAGCUGAAAUCAGUGGAGAUCUCAGUGAUAUCUGUACAGAUGUUCAGUGUAAUGAAGGUACUGAGAGAUUCAGAGACAGACUGAAGCUGGAUCAUCAGACUGGAUCUCUGACCAUCAUGAACACCAGAACCACAGACUCUGGACUCUAUGAACUAAAGAUCAUCAGCAGUUUCAGCAUCAGUGAAAAGACCUUCAGUGUUACUGUUUACGGUGUUUCUGCUUCUGAACAAGAUGAAAAGUCAGUGAAGGAGGGAGAAACUGUCACUUUAGAUCCUGGUCUAGUAAGACAACCAAAUGAGGUGAUGAGAUGGUAUUAUAAAGACAUUCUCAUUGCUGAAAUCAUUGGAUAUCUGAGUAAGAUCUGUACAGAUGAUCAGUGCAAAGAGAGAUUCAGAGACAGACUGAAGCUGGAUCAUCAGACUGGAUCUCUGACCAUCACAAACACCAGAACCACAGACGCUGGAGUUUAUACACUACAGAUCAGCAGAAGCCUUCAUCGCAGCAACAGUGCUUUCAGUGUGAAGAGCUUUGGUGUUAACAUUGCUGUUAUUGUUCCAGAUUCAGGUCAGUCUUCAGCUGUUGCAGCAGGAAUAGCUGUUGCUGUCUUUCUGCUUUUGGCUGCAUCUGCUGCUGUUGUUGUGAUUUACUAUCGCAAGCGUCGAGCGAGAAGAGAAGACAGCAGGAUGCAGAACAGUGGUCAGGUGAAUCAGAAUGAUGCUCUUGAGACCCAUGAGUCCUCACUGUAUGAGACUGCGACAUACUGUUGAACACUACUGAUGGGACGUCCUUUAAUCAGACUGAGGCUGCAAGUGAAACUUCAAUAUAAUAUCAUUUAUUACACUGAUACUUUCAUUGAAAGGGACAGCGAAGAGGCAGUGGAAAAUGAGAGAAAAGCAUCAGCUGAAACUCACAACACUUACAGAAAUUGAUGGACCGGUCAAAUUUCACCUCCACACCAAUUUCAACACCAGCACAGCAACAACUAAUUUGAUAUUCAUUAUUAGUCAUUUAAAUAAUAAAACAUGUUGCCUAAAUAUUUGUAAAUUAUAUUAACAUUUCUUAAAAAAUAAAAAAAAGCAUUUCAGUAUUAAAAUGAGGAACAAAGAAGCACUCUACAAGCAAUAGAACUGCAAGUUCUUGACAUUUUAUAGUAUACUGUACAGAGCAGAGGUUGGGAACCCUUUUAUAUACCAAGGAGCCCUUUUUUAAUGUUUGGUUAAAUGCUUUUUAUUUUUAAGUUUCUGUAGAAACUCCAACGAUCCAUGUUCACAUGGAUCCGUGAAAACGACUAAAAAUACUGACAGUCCAGUAGAUGGCGAAACACUACUUGCCUAUAGACUGAACUCAUAAUACACGUGCAAAUCACCAUUUUCACAAAUUUGCAUUUUUGUAC